CUUCCAUCCACUGUUGUUCUAAAAAAAACUUCCAUCCACACCACCAGACCACUGCUCGACGAAAUGCCGCAUUGGCCGUGGCUCCAGCCCGCCGCCGCCACCGCUCGCCGCGCCACCCCGUUCGUUCUCCGCAGGAACAAGUGCUUCUCCCCCGCCUCUGUUUGCGCCUCUCCGUCCAUCCAUGACCGCGCGCAGGAGGAGGAGGAGGAGCGGAAGUCGCUGGUUGUGGUGGGUGGCGGGGCGGCCGGGGUGUACGCGUCCAUAAGGGCCAAGACCCUGGCUCCCCACCUGAACGUGCUGGUCAUCGACAAAGGCAAGUUCCUGUCCAAGGUCAAGAUUUCCGGCGGUGGCCGAUGCAAUGUCACCAAUGGACACCAUCUUGAGCCCUCGGGACUCGCGAGGAAUUAUCCUAGGGGUCACAAAGAACUCCGGGGAUCCUUCUUUAGCACUCAUGGCCCACAGGAUACCAUGCAUUGGUUUUCCGAUCAUGGUGUGGAGCUUAAGACCGAAGACGAUGGUAGAGUAUUCCCUGUCACUGACAACUCUGCAUCAGUAGUAGAUUGCCUGCUGAAUGAGGCAAGACGGCUUGGAGUUUCCCUGCAGGCUGGUAAAUCUGUGUCUAGUGCAUCCGUCAGCGACAGUGGCAAGUUUGUUCUGAAAGUUGAGAAGCGUACUGUUGAUUUUGUUGAUUAUGUCAACGCUAAUUAUGUCUUGGUUGCUACAGGAAGCAGCCAGCAGGGUUACUCGAUUGCUACACAACAUGGUCACUCCAUAAUUGCACCGGUGCCCAGUUUGUUCACAUUUAAAAUUGCAGACAAGCGGCUUUCUGAUCUCUCUGGGGUUACAUUCACAAGAGUCAAAGCAAAAUUGAUGCUAGAUGGCAUUCAGAAAAGUGCUCCUGAAUUAACUCAGACGGGCCCUAUGUUGGUUACACAUUGGGGGCUUAGUGGCCCUGUUGUUCUUCGAUUGUCUGCAUGGGGAGCACGUGAACUGUAUCAGGAAAAGUACCAAGCAAAGCUUAUGGUUGACUUCAUACCUGACAUUCAUAUUGAGGACGUGAAGCGCAUCCUUUUCCAGCACAAAGAUCAGCAUGCGAAGAACAAAGUAAAUAACUCCUUCCCCACGGAGUUUGGUAUGGUGAAGAGAUUUUGGAGAUUCCUGCUAGAACAGGAGAGUUUAGAUGGUGAUAUGCACUGGGCCACCAUACCAAAAAAUCAUCUGAACGCUAUAGCACUUCAGUUAAAACAAUGGAUGUUUGAGGUUGUCGGGAAGGGUCAAUUCAAAGAUGAAUUUGUGACCGCUGGAGGUGUUCCACUUUCGGAGAUAUCACUAAACACCAUGGAAAGCAAGAAGCAGCCCAAUCUGUUCUUUGCAGGAGAGGUACUUAAUGUCGAUGGGGUCACAGGUGGAUUCAAUUUUCAGAACGCAUGGACUGGUGGGUAUAUAGCUGGGACAAGCAUAGGCACAUUGGCAUCAAGCAGCAACCUCAGACCGCAGGCAUGUUUGCAACUGGAAGCAUCAUGAGUACCCUAGAUUUGUUCACUCUGAGGCCGGUGAUUCAGGGAUUCUAAUUGGCUGACAAACUUUGUAAAAACUUCUGAGGAUAGGUUAACUGCUAGUCCACCCCUGCACUAGUUCAUGAACAAGCAAGGAUAAAUAAGAUCCAGGAAGUUAUAUUGAUGCAACAAUUUUGUUGUCUA